UGGAAAACCCUACAAUCUGAGUUGUAUUGGAAAACUCUACAAUCUGCUUUGAUAAAAAAAAUGUAUUCCAUCAAUAUUUGGUUUUUAUGUGAGGUAAACAUUAGCUUCUCAGCACAUUUUCCAAAAGAUAAUUUACAAAUCUAUCCUACAUACUGUCAAGUAAUGUCAAAUGUAAUACAGUGAUUAUCUAAAACUCUUGUAAUAAUAUGCUACUUAGAUUUCCUGUUUGGCAUAUCCACCAUCAAUUUCAGUAAUGCAUCAAAAUAUCAUCCAAUAUGGUAAAAACAUUGAUAUAAAAUAUAUUUAAAAAUGAUCACAUCCAUCAAUGUUUUUUACACCAUUAGUUCUACUACUCUACUUAGAUGUGUCACAAUGUAAACAAAUGUCUUCUGCCAGUUGUAUAGAUUGUAUUAAUUUUACUGACAGCUGAUUUAGGGUGUCUGAGCUCUAUCUGAGCUUUAUCUGAGCUCCUUUUUCAGGUUGGCUGGGAGCAGGAUUACUGCUGAGUCCUGUCAAAUUGUGGCCUCCGCUCUGCGAUCAGAGAAAUCACCCUUGACAGACCUUGAACUCAGCAACAAUGACAUAGGAAACAAAGGAGUGGCAUUUCUCUGUACUGGACUGACAAGUCCACACUGCAAUCUGGCAAAACUCAGACUGGAUGGAUGCAGCCUCUCUGCUGAAUCCUGUAAAAGUGUGGCCUCAGCUCUGCAGUCCGACACCUUACCUCUGACAGAGCUUGUCCUCAGCUACAACAGCAUAGGAGAUAAUGGAGUGAUGUUUCUCUGCUCUGGAUUGAGUAGUUCACACUGCAAACUGACAAAACUAAGUCUGGCCAAAUGUGCUCUUACCAAGGAUGCCUGUGGCUAUGUGGCCUCUGCUCUUAAAGCAAACUCUACACUGACUAAGUUAGAGCUGAGCCAUAAUGAUGUGACAGACUUGGGAGUGGAAAUGCUCUGUGAUGGUUUAAUGAGUGCACAAUGCAGGCUUUCAAGUCUAAGACUUGCUGCAUGUCAUCUUACAUAUGAGUCCUGUACGUCAUUGGCAAAUGCCCUCCAGGGUGAAGAAUCAAGCUUGAGGGAACUGAAUCUGAACUACAAUGACUUAGGAGAUUUGGGAGUGAAACUUCUCUGUGACGGCAAUCAAUGCAUCAAUGCAAACUCUAAGAUACAGAUGUUAAAGCUUUCAGAAUGCUCCCUAACAGAGGACAGCUGUGAAUAUCUAGCCUAUGUAUUACAAUCUCCCAGUUCCAACCUGAAAAAUCUUCAACUACGAGACAAUGACCUGCAGGAUACUGGAGUCAUGCUUCUCUCUGCUGGAAUUAAGCAUGCAAACUGUAGACUGCAAUCCCUAGGGUUGGCAGGUUGUGGAAUAAAAGAGGAUGGUUUUUAUUCUCUGGCCCAUGCUCUGGAUUGCAAUCCAUUACACUUGGAGCAGCUGUGUCUGAACUUUAACAACCCACGAGCACAAGGGAUAGUGUCUCUCUUUGAUCAGAAAAGCGAUCCCAAAUAUAAAUUAGACACUCUAAUUCUGGAUUCCUCUGAAGCUUUCCAGCUGAACCCUGGACCAAGGAAAUAUUUCUGUCCACUCACACUGGAUGACCGAGUACCACACGACAUGGAUUUCAUUUCUCUUAGGGACAAAAGCGUGUCAACAGGUUCAUCAAUGGAUGCAUCACAGUACGAGAUUAUGCUGUCUAAAGAAGCUUUGACUAAGCGAUGCUAUUGGGAGGUGGAGGUGAGUGGAGACAGAGUAGAAAUAGGGGUUUCAAGCAGAGCACAGAAGUCUAGACGUGCAGAUGACCAAAUGGGCCAAAGUGGAUUUUUCCCUUGUCUUGUAAUCUACCUAAACAAGUUACAUGGCUUCCUCCAAAAUGGUGAGAUUAUGGCAGACUGCCCUGACCUUGAUUGUCCACAAAGAAUUGGUCUGUAUCUAAACAAAAAUGCUGAAUGCUUAUCAUUCUACAGUGUGUGUGAGGACAAAUUGACACUCUUGGCAAAGUUUCCUUCAACAGGUUUUACCAAAGUGACAAGUGCAGGAAAGCUCUUUGCAGCAUGUAGGAUUUACUCAAACUCAGAGGCGAAGCUAAUUAGUUAACAAGUUUAGCGUGAGCAGCUGCAACACAAAGUAUGCUAGCUAACUUUAAGAUAACUCACUCAGCUUGUUUCCAUUGUAAAGAUGACCCUGAACUCUUCAGCCACAAACUCCUCAGCCUAGCUCAACAAUCAUCAGAAACCCCUGUCCCUCAAGGACUAGUAACUUCGAUAUAAUAACUGGGCAUACAUAUAGCUGACUUAGCGUUGUCAUUCAAAUGGCUAAGCAACGGACUGUUUAACUUUUGUUAUUGCAAUAUUCACUUACUGAUUGGAUUUGUUCACUGAACAUCAUUUUGUACAUAAAUGCCUUUGAUUGUAUAUGCUGGUAUAUUUAAUGUUGCACAAAAGUGAAUGCUGCCAACCUCUUCUAUUCAGAUCUCCUUCAACCUUUACUAGUGUUUGAUAUGGUCAUUUUGGUUGAAGUUAAUUCAUUUAAUUAUUAAUCAGAGUUCCAAAUUGGUUGGUUGGUUUAGUAUAUUUUUGAGACUGAUUUGUGACUGAUCUUUAAUUUGACCACUAUGGUAGACACCACACUUUGUGUAUUGUGUAUUGGUGCUGUUGUUAGGAGAGUACCAACAUUAUCUUGGUGGCUCUUGUGUGGAGAGUAUUUAUGUUUAUGCACAACUGCAGCCACAUUUAUUUGCUGCCGCUCACAAAGUAAGGUACCUACAUUAUUCUGGUACCCCAAGUGAGGCUGGAACCUAUUGUACCUACAUUUGCGACCAUGAAUGUUUGUGUGACACAGACAAAGAUGCAUAACUGUGAUUUAGUAUACGAAUAUUUCUGUCAAGUAUGUGGCAAAUAUGAAUAUAAUGGAUGUAAUUAGUCAGUAAGACAUUUUUACCAUUAUGAUUUUCCUGUUGAAUUUUCUGAAGUGUGUCAGUUGCUCCAAACAUGAAAUCUGUAUAUUUGUGACAAACAUAAAUAUAAUACUGUGUAUUAUACUGUAUAUAUUCCUGUAUGUAGCCUUAUAUACUGUUUGUUAGCCAAUCAUCAGUCUGUUUUAUCAUGUCAAAAAUAUACUCUCUGA